GUGACCUGUGCCAUCAUUCACGCUUCCCGUAGACGGGCCAUUUUCCAUCGUGCCUUUGUGGCGCCGCACCUGUCCUGCCCGGCGGAAUCGCCUGGCAAGCAGACUGUGUUUGACAGGCAUCGGUUGGUGGCAGCAUCCGGUUGGGACGCAUGAACGUCUUCGCCCUCAAGUGAGUUAAGGGUGGUGUUGUGUUUGUGUUGGUAAAGGGUAGUUAGUAGCCACCCGGGAAGUAGCAAAGGAGUACUUCAGGCCAACAUGCAAACUCAUUGCCCGUUUCUUCUUAUUCAAUUUGGAUGUCGCCGUGCCACCCUGAAUGUGUUCUACGGUCUUGCUUAAUUGAUAUGGGGUGGAGAGAAGAAAGGAAUCGGCGGCAAUGGCUGAUGACCUCCCCAGCACUCACAUCGCGUCAUCCCGAUCGAAAGCCACCUGUUAGACUGUCAGAUGUUGCCCUGAACAAUCAUGUCAAAAGUCAAGCCGCCUGAGCAGGACUGAGCUUGUGACUCGCGCCGCCCACCCAGCCAGUCAAACCUUAAGGUACGAUGGCAUCACGGCGUGGUCCUGUCCAGAGGUCACCCACCUUCUUCGUCGGCGCAGAGAAGCAAAAGAAGGAUUUGGAUGCCUUUCAACGCAGGGAGCAGCAACUUGCAGAGGUCUACUACAAGAACAAGCCUCUUUGCUUCAAUGCGUGCACAUACCAGAGGACUCAUCCGGUCAAGGCCAAUGCUGGACACCGUGAUGCGGAUGCCACGCUGGUCUCUCCUAUGGCGGUGGGUGUGGCUGACGGAGUAUCUCAGAUCGAGGAAUAUGGCAUUGACUCGUCAGAGCUGCCUACAGAAUUGCUACGGCAAUGCGAGGAGUUGGCUUUCGAUCAGCUGCUGCCGCGGAAAAGUCACGCCCCAUACCACGGCCCAAUACCGUUGGUUCGGGAGGCUUUUUGUAAUACAGAGUGCAUGGGCUCCACGACCUUGGUUCUAGCGUUACUUGACAAUUCCACCCGCAUCCAUGGCAAGCUGCACCCGAUGAUUGCUGUGAUCUCAAUUGGAGAUUGUGAGCUGGUGAUUUUGCGUCGGUUGCAGGGCCGGUCUGGGCCUUUGGAAUUGGUUUUCCACACUGAGAUGCAGCGGGUGGAUGGUCAUUGUCAGACACCCUUGCAGCUUGCUCGCGUGGAUGAACGCAUUGACGCGCAGUUCCAUGACAGCAUCACCGUCGAAGUGAUUGAGCGUGGUAGCGCUGUUCACUGCAUUUCCGCGUAUGAAGGGGACAUUGUGAUUGUGGGCUCAGAUGGCGUCUUCGACAAUCUUUACUUGGAUGAAGUCGCAGCCAUCGCAAACACGGUGUUGCCUCCGUCGUCUACACAG